CAAUCAAGCUGUUCACAGUCGUUUUCGUUUCGCUUAAGGACGUGGACUUAAAAGUUAAAAGCAAAAAUGAAGUCCAUUCUCAUUUUGUCGUGUGUUAUCGCAACAGUGUAUUCCGGGCCUAUCGCCCAAGAAGACUCGGUACUUAAAUUAGUCACAAGUAACUUUGUGAAUUGUAUGAAUAGUGAUUUAAAUUUGUGCUUAAAGGAACAUGCACUUAAGGCCACUGAACGUCUCGGCUCAGUUCGUAAGCUGAACAUCAUUGAAGGUCUUACCAUUUACAACAAUGGCCCACGGGAAUCUAGGAGCUUCGAAGCUUUAUCUUCAGAACCCGAAGAAAGAAACAAGCAACUGACUGAAAGACUAUGGGAGAGUACCACGGAUCUGUUGCAGAAGAGCGAUUUGGAAGUCAGCUUUGCUGGUGGUGAUGAUGAAGAGGAAGAAUCUCGGUCUAUUGAUGAUGCAGUCGAAGAAAGCCGUGGAAAGAAGAAGAAGCAGCUCAAGAAGAAGUUGAAGCUCCUCAUUCCUCUUGCUAUCCUCGCUAAAGUCAAAGCUGUAGCCCUCGUCGUCAUCGCUCUCCUAGUAAUCGCCGCAUCACUCUUCAAACUGGCCGUUCUCGCCAAGAUCGCUUUUAUUGCCAAGGUCAUUGCAAUCAUUAAAGCCUUGAUCGCAAAGAAGCAUGCCCAAGAAGAACACACCUGGGUGUCUCAUGAGGAGCAUCCUCAAAUUUCCCAUGGAGGUUGGGGCGAGCAAAGCGGUUGGUCCCGCUCAAGGACGGAAGCCAACAACCUGGCCUAUUCCGCCUACCAACAGUAAACCAAAUAAUUAGGUUGUGUGAAUGUUAAUUUAUUAGUAUGUGUGUGAUGGCGAUUCUUGUUUAUUUAUAUUCCUUUUCUUAGUUUACAGGAUCGUUUAUGUGAUAUUAUCUGUAUGUAUUUUACGUAUAUUAUAUGUACUAUAUCGUAUUUUAAUUGUUACCAUUACUUUGUACGUGGGUAACUUUAUAUAUUAAUUG